AUGCCCAAUUUAAAAUACUUAACAUUAGAAACAAAUACUAUUUAUUUAGAUGGAUAUGCAUGGGAAAAAGUCUUUCUCACUUAUUUACCAAAUAUAAAAAUAUUUCGAUUGAAAAUGCGCGUUGAGCUUCUUCCAUUAAGUGAUGUAGAACAACAGAUUGAUGAAAUAUUUCAUUCAUUUCGAACUGAAUUCUGGAUUGAGAAACAUCAAUGGUAUGUUCAAUGUGAUUGGUGUCCAAUGGACAUAAAUAAGAUUGGUAUUCUUUAUACUUUGCCAUAUGCUUUUGAUACAUUUUAUUUCACAGAUGGUAGUCGAUCAAAAUCAACAAGUCCUAAUGAUUUCCAUGAUUCAGCUUAUAAUCAAGUGCAAAUACUUGAACAUAUUCAUCGUAGACAAAAUCUUAAUGAAGAUUUUCCACUUUUCACUUUUCGAUUUCUUAACAUUCGGCAUCUCUCAACUGUAUUUCCAUUCAACAACGAUUUUUGGUCAGCUAUUCCAAAAUUGAAUCAACUAAUUUCACUGAAUGCAGUUUUAAAUCAAGAUUUUGGUUAUCCUCAAUUACAAGCAUUGCUUAAUAUAGCUCCUCGUCUCUAUUCAUUGAGUUUUAGCCAUUCGAAUAACUUCUCAAUGGCAUCAUUCAACAUCAGUAGUAUAUCGAUCCGUCGAUUUGAAUUAUUUCAAAAUUUUAAGUGUGGCUUAAGAUAUUUUAAGAAUGCAGAAUGUUCGAUGUUAACUCGUACAUUUAUUGCAUUCCAGUGUGAAGUUCUUCUUGUUGAUGUUGAAAGCCGAACAAAUGUUUUUAACUUCAUCAACACCAUGCCAAAUCUUCGAGUAUUGAUCGUCCGCUGUAAAGAUGAUGAAAGAAGCCGCUACCAUUCAUCAGAAACAAAUGAUGAACUAAUUGUAUGGUUUCAAGACCAGUUAUCAUCCAAAUUGAUGUAUUCAAUCAUUCGCAAUGUGAACGAUGGAUCCCAAUUAAUUAUUUCAAUUUAUAGACAAAAAAAUCGUCACUUGUGA